AUGAGCUAUACCAGGGAAGUUGCAAUACAGAUUGACCUAGCAGAGUUUCAGGAAAAUGCUGAGCAGAAACUGAGAAUCAAGAUCAGUGGUGAUGGAGCCAAAAUGACUAGGAUGACCAGCUUUGUGAUUAUGUCAUUCUCUUUACUUGACAAUGAUGAUGUAAUGUCAUCCAAAGGUAGUCACACAAUUGGAGUAGUAAAAGGGGUGGAAAGCUAUGAACUUCUAAGGGAUUCGUUUAAAGAUGUAUUCAACACAAUCAAUCAGAUAGUCAAGGAUGGGAAAAUUUCUAUAAAGGAUCACAAUAUCCCAGUUGAACUUCUACUUGGUGGUGAUUACAAGUUUCUUUUGUUACUUCUUGGGAUGAAGAGUGCCACAUCUGAUCAUUCUUGCAUUUGGUGUACUAUUCAUAAGAACAACAGAUUUGAUAUGUCAAAGUCACAAGAAUACUAUUCCCAUCCACCCAUGAGCAGAACCUUGGAAGAGAUUAAAAAGUGUGCCUUGAAGCAGAAUCUCUCUUGUGUACACCCACCACUAGUAGAUAUUCCUUUGCAAAAUAUAGUCCUUGAUGAACUACAUGUGAUGCUAAGAGUAACAGACAUCUUAACCAGGAAUUUAGUUACUGCAGCUAUUAGCUGGGACAAGAAAGAAAAUUAUGAUAGACGACCAUGUGAAAGAACAAAUCUGCAUGUUGAAGCCUUAUUGUCUGCUAUUAAUAGCUGUGGUGUGUGUUUCAAAAUUUGGGAGAAGAAAGAUGCAGAUGGAAAAGGUAGUGGGACAUAUGACUUUACAAGUCUUAUGGGUUCUGAUAAGAAGCUACUCUUGUCAAAUCUACCAGAAAAGUUGGAUGGAGUGGUUGAUGAAGGCACAAGUGCCACAGUUAUAAAGAUUUGGAAGGAUUUCAGCGAGAUAUAUCAAAUGUUGAAUGAGCAAAAUCCCUCUGAUGAAUAUAUUACAAGCUAUUUUGAGAAGGCAAAGGCGUGGAUUCUCCUCUUUACUUCAUUGGGGGGGAUAUGCGAGGGUUAUGGAAAGGCAAAUGUAACUCCAUACAUGCAUUCCAUGGUCUAUCAUGUCCCACGCUUUAUGAAAACUCAUACUGGCGUAAAGAGAUUCACUGGACAAGGAACUGAAGAAAAUAAUGAUGACUGCCGAAGAAUACAUUUACGCAAGUCAAAUAAGUGGGAUGCUGCAGGAGAUGUUUUGUACGUCAUGAAGAGAGUUGAAGCAAUCUCGGAACAUGAACGAACUCCUAGGGCUUAUACAAAGAGGAGUGCACAAUACUGGGAAAAUGACUUGCUGGAAAGACGAGAAAAACACAAGCGACUUGGCAAAACACAGAGAAUUGGCAACCCAUCCCAAGCGGCAGUCCAACAUAAUAUAGAGCAAUUGUCACCAGCAGAGCUGCGAAAGCAGCUUAAAACUUUGGGAGUUUCAACCCGAGCACGGAAUCUGAAACGGCUUCAACAAAUGUACCAAGAUGCAUUAAAUCAAGUCACCAACUCAUCAGAUUGA